AUAGCAGCGUGGUGAGCGGCAUUUAUGAAUAGUUUAUUUUUAAAAUCUUUAUUUAUAUUAGCAGCAGCACCAUUGACACGCUGACGUAACAGUGCAGCCUGACCCGGAAGUGACGCAAGCGGGCCCGUCAGCCUGUGUUGAUGUUUUGUGCACGAGCUAUCGCCCGGGAAGACGGAGACGUCUUCUUUCUUUUUUAUUGUUUGUUUGUAAGUUGGGUUCCGUCGAAACGUCGAUGGGAAUCGUCGUGUUGUCGACGGAGAACAUUUGCUUGGUGAUUCGCGGCUAGCCAGCCAGCUCGACGCCGAACACAGGCAAUCUUUUGAUCCAAAAAGGCGGACUGACUCGUCGCCCUCUACCCCCCCAUCCUCCUCUCCCUCCUCCCCACCAUGACGAUCCUGCCCAAAAAGAAGCCCAGCUCCGGGGUGGGGGUCGCGGAUCACGCUGAUGACAGCGACCGCCGGAGCGUCGCAGAUCCUCACCAGCACCCGCACGCGGGGAGGACGGGAGCCCGGCCGCGGGCUUCUCCCCCGCCGUGGUCGUACCAGGCCGCGCCGCCCUCCGCCAGAGACGAGCGGCGCAGCAUCGAGGCGAACUCCCGGCCGCAGCAGGCCUCUCCUCCGCCUGGCGGCUCCGUGGCCUCCGCGGGGCCGUGCGACGGUCGGGAAGGCGGCGUUGGCGGGGACCUGGUGGCGCAAGCCGGCGUGGUGGGCUGCGGCGGCGGGGGUAUCAGCGGCUGCUGCUCCGGGCCCGGCCUCAGCAAAAGGCGGCGGCAAGCGGGCACCUGUUCUGGCGCGGCGGCGGCGCUGGCUGGAGGUGGGCAGGCCGGCGUGAGCGGUCCCGGCGGCGGCGGCUCUAGCCAGGAAGCGGACGAGGGAGCCGGCGGCAACAACAGCGAGGACGAGUACGAGAACGCCGGCCGCCUACAGGCCGUUGACCCGGCUACCGCCGAGCAGCAAGAGCACUGGUUUGAAAAAGCUCUGCAGGACAAGAAAGGUUUCGUCAUCAAGAAGAUGAAGGAGGACGGAGCAUGUCUCUUCAGGGCCGUUGCUGACCAGGUAUAUGGCGAUCAGGACAUGCACGAGGUGGUGAGGAAGCACUGCAUGGACUACCUGAUGAAGAACGCCGACUAUUUUUCCAACUACGUGACAGAGGACUUCACCACGUACAUCAACAGGAAGAGGAAAAACAAUUGCCAUGGCAACCACAUUGAGAUGCAGGCCAUGGCAGAGAUGUACAACAGGCCAGUGGAGGUGUACCAGUACGGCACAGAGCCAAUCAACACCUUCCACGGCAUCCACCAGAAUAAUGACGAGCCCAUCCGAGUGAGCUACCACCGCAGCAUCCACUACAACUCCGUGGUCAACCCUAACAAGGCCACCAUCGGGGUGGGCCUCGGCCUGCCCGCUUUCAAGCCCGGGUACGCGGACCAGUCCCUGAUGAAGUCAGCCAUCAAGACGUCCGAGGAGUCAUGGAUCGAGCAGCAGAUGUUGGAGGACAAGAAACGAGCGAGCGACUGGGAGGCGACAUGCGAGGCCAUCGAGGAGCAGGUGGCCAGGGAGUCGUACCUGCAAUGGCUCCGGGACCAGGAGAAGCAGGCCCGACAGCCCAGGAAAGCCAGCGCCACCUGCAGUUCGGCCACGGCAGCGGCCUCCAGUGGCCUGGAGGACUGGGCCGCUCGGUCGCCGCGGCAACGAGACUUGGACCCCUCCCACUCGGAGCUCACCAGCGCCCCAUCGAGCAUCAUCAAGCCGCCUUCUCCCGCCGGCGCCGCCCUCGUUCUCAACAAGCCGCCCUCGCCUUGCGCGCCAGGUCCCAGUAAUCCGAGCCGUCAUCAUUUAGAGUACAGAGCCAUUAUGCAGGAGAUGUCACCUACAGCAUUUGGUCUGAGCGACUGGGAAGACGACGAAAUCCUGGCGUCGGUCCUGGCCGUGUCCCAGCAGGAAUAUUUGGACAGCAUCAAACAUCAGAGCGGCGCCAUGCAGCAUCGAGAGCGGGAAGCGUCGCCUGACAGCAGCUGAUGGACGCACAUGCACACAUGACCUAUGAACCCCUUCUCCCCUCUCUGUCAACCACUGAAGACAAAGCCAGAAGGAAGAAAUGCAGUUAUUGUUUCUCUCAAAAGUGUCAUUCAUCCUUCCCUCCCUCUUGUCUCUUCUUCCGAGCGGCAAUUUGAGCGAGGCAGCAAGCUGUACGCUAAGUACACGUCGAGUCACAUGAUAGAGCUAAUCCAUGGGAACAAAACAUGCACUUCUUCAGCUAGCAUGUUCCGCCUUAUCACGUAAGAUCAAUGACACGCUACUACCACGAGCCAUCUCCUGGUCACAGGAAACAAAGUUGUCACAUGACCUCGCUUUGAUUUUUGACUCUUAAUUUAUUCUGUUUUGCACAAACAGUUUGGAAUGUUUGGGUUUCAGGUAAAAUUUCGGGAUGAACCUAAAAUUCACUAUAACCUUUUUGGCUCAACUUCAUUUGACCUCUCAAUCUUUAAAUGCACUUGUUCAGCUGCAACACAUUUCCUCAUUUCUUUGGAAAUUAUCUUUUAAAACAUGUUCCUCAUCAUGCUGUUAACAGUUUGACAUCGUAAAACCGAGACAACACCUAACAAUUGAUCAGCAGUACGUCGCCAUUGCUAGGCUUCAACCAAGAAGUGGCCACUGAGUUUGUAGGGUCACAGUGUGUCAUCAGCAGGUUGCAACAGCGAGACUGGACGAUUCCCAGAAAGCCAUACAAGUGGACGUCCUUGGAAAUAGAAAAAAGUCCUAGUGUGUUUGAGGGUCAUCCUGAAAUUUCACCUAAAAGCCCAAUAUCCCAAACGUUUUUGGGAGUUGUGUAUAUCGAAGGAGCUCACAGCUAACGCCUCUCUGCCGUUGCAGUUUUCUGAUUGGCUGUUGACCCAAUGACAAGUUUAUUUUGUCCACCGUUGCCAAAACACAAAAGCUAGCAAGGUCAUGAUGUUGUCAUUUACAAGGAGAAUUGCUAACUGCCUGCUAUGCUAAUCUUAAAUACUCUUUGUGAAAACAAGGUUUCCUAGUGCCGUGUUAUCUGAUACCAGUUAGCUGGGACAAAGGGAACUUUAUACCAGGUCGAAAUGUUUUCAACACACAAGAUAAUUGUUACGCUCUACUUCAGUGAGCAAGCAUAGCUCUCCUAACUGCAAUGUAAAAAUGUUGUCACUUAUACGGCUGAACUGUAGCAGUUCUUUUUUGAAAUAAAAGACAACGGCGCCUCCUGCGACACACUAAUGCCUGAACGGCUACCCUCCUACAGCAUCCCCUAAGGCGACCAGCCUGUUUAAGAUCCUUUGAUAGCUUGAAAAUCUAUUUUUUAAAAUGUCUGUCUUCCUCUUGCCUCCAUCAUCAUCAUCAUCAUCAUCCGCUGCAUGUUUGGUCAUGACCAAAUAUCGCCAUUGAGACAAAAUGACAAAUGAGAGACAAAAACAGAAUUGUCACACUUAUCCUCUAUGAUUGAUUAUUGUUAUUAAUUAUAAUAAUAUAAGUUUGUUUUUAUUUUACCCCUUGGGAUGAAAAUAACUUUUUUUUCUUGGAAUAAAAAGGAAAAAUGUUUCAGACAGAAUGAGCUGCUGAUUGUUGAAAGCUGCAUGAUGACAUCAAGUUUGCCACUUGAAUGGCACAACUUGUUCAAGGCCUUCUGCUUCUCUUGUCUGAGUCUGGAUGUGUUGGGAAUCACUGUCUAACAAGGCACUUUUGGAAGGGACUGUAGUGCCUGCCUAGUGUUAAUUCCUUUUUUUGUUGUAUACUGACGACACUUUACAGAUCAAAAGAUGAAUGUGAGACAAAAGUUCAGAAUUCCAGCUUUUAUUUGAUAGCAUCUAGAUCAUCUAGAUGUGUUAAACAACUCAGGACAGAGCACCUUUUCUUUGAACCCACCCACUUUUCAAGUUAGCAAAAGUAUUGGAAAAUGUGACUGAUGGAUGUUUGUAGUUGUUCAGGUGUUGCCUUUUAGAUUGAUUGCUUCAACAUUCGAUAGUGCUUGUUCUUGGUUUUGGGUUUCACCUGUGAAAGCUGCAUUUGCUGUUAAGCAAACAUGGAGAAAAGCAAACCAUGUUGAAGCUGUGAGAUGAGGGAAAAUCCAUCAGAGCUAUUGCACAAACAUUGGGCAAAGCCAAUCCAACAAUUUGGAAUGUCUUGAAAAGACACAAACUACUGGAGUACUGAGCAACAGACAUCAAACAGGUUGGCGAAGCGUAUCAACAGCAGUUGAUGACAGAAACAUUGUAAGAGCUGUGAAGAAACACCCAAAGACAACCGUCAAUGACAUCACUGUCAACCUCCACUGGGCAGUGGGUGAAGGUAUCUCAAUCCAUUGUUGGAAGAAGACUGACAGAAUAAAUAUACAGGCCAUACCACGAGAUGCAAACCACUCAUCAGCAAAAAGAAUCAGAAGGCCAGAUUGGAUUUUACAAAGUACAGGGAUGAUCCACAACGGUUUUGGAAACAUGUUUUAUGGACUGAUGAGACUAAGAUUAACCUCUAUCUACCAAAGUGAUGUAAAGGCCGAAGUAUGGAGAAACAAAGGAUCUGCUUAUGAUCCAAAACACACAAGCUCAUCUGUGAAGCACGGUGGAGGUAAUGUCAUUGCUUGGGCUUGCAUGGCUGCUUCUGGAAAGGGCUCUCUAAUCUUAGAUUAUGUAACUCAUGAUGAUAGCAGCCAAAUGAAUUCUAUCUCCAAAACCAUUUUGUCUGGCAAUUUAUAGAAACAUGCAUCCAAACUCAUUGGGAGAAGCUUCAUCAUGCACCAAGACGAUGACCCAUGCAUGCACACGAAAUGUGUUCUCUGCAUAUAACCCAAUCACAGUGACCAUACCAAUCACACACACGUUAGUGGAACACACUGGAGCAGGGGGCAGCUGAAGCGCCCAGGGAUAGAGUACAUUUACCUCCUGAAGAGGAGACUGAAGGGAGAAACUCCCAGAAACAAACAAGAACUGAAAGAGGCCGAAAAUAAAGGCCUGGAAAAACAUUUCAAAUGAAGAAUGCAAUAGUCUGGUGAAGUCAAUGGUCUCAGGCUCGAUGCAGUUAUUGCAAGUAAGGGUUAUGCCACCAAAUAUUAAAUGUUAUUCACUUUGAAUUAAUUUUAUAAUAUAGGUUCCAAUAUGCUCACUUGAAAAGUGGGUGGCUUCAAACAGAAGGUGCUCUGUCCUGUUGUUUAACACAUCUAGAUGUAAAAGUCAUGAAAUAAAAGCUGGAGUUCUGAACUUUUGGAUCAUAUUCAUAUUUUGAUCUGAAACCCAAAUGUCUUCAGUAUACAACAAAACAGAGGAAUUGACCUUGACGUUCCAAUACUCGUGGAGGGGACUGUAUAUACCAGUUAAAUAUAUAGUGCCUUCUAUCUCUAUAGUGACUUGGCCAUUUUGUAGUGUAGAAUGGGUUUUCCCCAAUAUAAUAAAUGUCCCACAACGCAUUGUGAAAAGUAGUCAACUGAUGGCUAUAUCGCAGUUCACUUUUUGCGGGUUCAGUGCAUUGCAGUUUUGUUUUGUUUUAUUGUACAAACCCGAAUUCCAGUGAAUUUGGUAGCUAAUACAGCCAUUUUUCUAAUACAGUCUUUUUGGGAAUGAAGUUUUUCACACCUGGAUUUGGGGAUCCUCUGCCAUUCCUCCUUGCAGAUCCUCUCCAGUUCUGUCAGGUUAGAUGGUCAACAUUGGUGGACAGCCAUUUUCAGGUCUCUCCAGAGAUGCUCAAUUGGGUUUAAGUCAGGGCUCUGGCUGGGCCAUUCAAGAACAGUCACGGAGUUGUUCUGAAGCCAUGCCUUUGUUAUUUUAGCUGUGUGCUUAGGUUCAUUGUCUUUUUUGAAGGUGAAUCUUCGGCCCAGUCUGAGGUUCUGAGGACUCUGGGGAAGGUUUUCGUCCAGGAUAUCCCUGUACUUGGCCGUGUUCAUCUUUCCUUUGAUUGCAACCAAUCGUCCUGUCCCUGCAGCUGAAAAACAUCCCCACAGCAUUAUGCUGCCGCCACCAUGCUUCACUGUUGGGACUGUAUUGGACAGGUGAUGAGCAGUGGCUGGUUUUCUCCACACAUACUGCUUAGAAUUAAGGCCAAAAAGUUCUAUCUUGGUCUCAUCUUAUUCUUGGAGUCCUUCAGGUGUUUUUUUUUUUUUUAGUAAAUUCCAUACGGGCUUUCAUGUGUCUUGCACUGAGGAGAGGCUUCCGUCAGGCCACUCUGCCAUAAAGCCCCGACUGGUGGAGGGCUGCAGUGAUGGUUGACUUUCUAGAGCUUUCUCCAAUCUCUGGAGCUCAGUCACAGUGAUCUUUGGGUUCUUCUUUACCUCUCUCACCAAGGCUCUUCUCCCCCGAUUGCUCAGUUUGGCCGGACGGCCAGCACUGGUUCUGGUCGUCCCAAAGUCUUCCAUUUAAGGAUUAUGGAGGUGCAACAGAAUCUUUUUUGUAACUUUAGCCAAAUCUGUGCCUUGCCACAGUUCUGUCUCUGAGCUCUUCGGCCACUUCCUUUGACCUCAUGAUUCUCAUUUGUUCUGACAUACACUGUGUGUCAUGGUCUGUGUUUUGGUUUGGGUUGUGUUUAGUUUUGUUCAAUGUUUUCCUGUGUUCCAUGUUUGUCGUGUGCUCAUUAGGUUGUUGUGUCCACCUGUUCUCAUCUACUUUGUCGACCAAUCAGCUCUCUCUAGCCACUCGUCUUGUCCAGGUCUUCCUCGUUGUCUCGUCAAUUUGUUUGUAUUUAGUUCCCUGGUUUCUUUCAGUUCUCGUCGGUUCAUUGUCGUUGUCACAUGUCUUGCCAUGUCAUAGUCGCCAGUUGUUUUUGUCAUAGUCGCCUGUUGUUUUUUCAUUGUGAUUAAAUAUUAUUAUUUUGAGA